AUGUCGUCCAUGUCCCUCCUCAGAAUUGCCUCGCGGGGCCCCUCCAAGACCUUCUUCCGCGCAAACCGACCCGUCGCUCCCAUUCGGUCUACCGCGUCCUUCGUUCCGGGUCUGAUUGCCGGCUCGAGCCUCAACUUCAGCACUUCCGUGCCCCGAAAAUCUGCUGCGCAUCACGAGGAGACGUUUGAGGAAUUUACCGCUAGAUACGAGACCGAAUUUGAGAAGGUGCAAGAUGUUUUCGAGUUACAGCGCAACUUAAACAAUGCCUUCGCCUACGAUCUAGUCCCCUCUCCCUCUGUCGUUGAGGCUGCACUCCGCGCCGCCCGGAGAGUCAACGACUUCCCCACUGCCGUGCGCAUCUUCGAGGGCAUCAAGGCCAAGGUCGAGAACAAGGAUCAGUACCAGCAAUACCUUGACGAGCUAAAGUCCCUGCGCGAAGAACUCGGCGUCGUCCUAAAGGAGGACCUAUACCCCGAGGUAGCCAAAUAG